AUGGCGAUAGCGACAGACUCCCUACGAGGGAGCUUUACUCCAAGCAAGGAUACGAUAGGUGUUUUCCUGGUUUUGAAUAUUUGUGCAUACAUCAUUACCAUUGUGGUCCGAAAAUGGAAUGCGUCCAAUAAAGCACCCAGGCCUUCUACUCCAGACCUGGAGAAGUCUACAUCAAGACCAGGUGCCAGAGAAAAGGUUAUCAGGAAGCCCGGAGAAUGGACACCGUCUGAUUUCAAGAGACCAACUGCUGCCCCAUACCCUGACUGGGAUGUUCACACUUCGAAGCCCAUUCCCUACCGACCAUUUCGAUAUGGCCCGAAUUAUUUCACGACAAUGGGCCUACGGAGUAUGAAAUGGGAUGAAUGGAUAGAACUCGAUAAUCAUUACCUCAAGUAUCAUGCCGACAAAUCCAAGCGCAUCGAAGAACGCGGCGAGAAGUGCUACAGAACAGCACCCGAAGCCAUGGACGCCGCGAUAGAACUACUAGAAGAGCUCUGCAAUUACCUACCCGAGCGAUAUCCCAACAUGUUCCAGAAAACACCAACUGGAAUAACCAACACAGUAACCCACGAAACAUUCAAUAUAACUCAACGCCCACUUCCAGAAGACCCAAUGGCAACAGCUGCAAGGCUCGUCCAAGAUGACCUCGCCAUAAUGAUUGAGAGACCAGACGGUGAAUACUACCUCCUAGCAGGAGCGAUCCUCCUCGCGGGAUUCUGGCGACUAAGCGAUAAAUUCGGGAUGUCAUUAGAAAAAAUUCACACAUCCGGUGACGUGCCUCAAUUCCGUGAGAAGUUGCAGCGCGGUAUGACAAACUUCUUCCGUCGUCUUCGACCUGAGGAACCUGUUCUUCGCAAUAAUUACUUUAUCCAGGUAGAUGACCAGCUGGCUUGGUCACCUAGUAUUGGAUCUGAAGACUCGGAAGAGGUAUCAUGGAAUACGGCGGAGAAGAAUCGAGCGAUUGAGCAUCAUUUCUUCCGAUCUGAGCGACAGUCUCUCAGAAGAUUACCGCGGUCUGGUGGGGUGGUCUUUACUAUUCGCACGUAUUUUGAGCCCGUCACCGAGAUUGUUAAGGAGCCGUAUGUUCCGGGACGGUUGGCGUCUGCUGUUCGGAGUUGGGGAGAUGAUGUUUCGAGGUAUAAGGGGAAGGAAAAGUAUGCGGAGGUUUUGUUGGAAUAUUUGGACGCGAAGCAUGCGGAACAGGUUGCUGCUGGGUUGGAUCUUGGGAAGGAGGAUGAGAUGCGGAGUUAUCCAAUGUGA